AUGGGUUGCUUGGACACGUACAAGAACCCAGAUCAGAAGGGACAUUGCCCUCCCAUGAGCCCAAGACUGUCCUUUUCCAACGACUUCGUCGAAUCUCAAUCUCAAUCUCAUCACAAGAAAGAAGAAAAAGCCCCAAAAUUGGAUCAGUUCCACUUCCCAACCCCAAAUAGUACAAUUUCCUCCGACUUCGAAUUCUCAUCAUCAUCAGCAGUGACGACCAUGGCCGCCGCCGACGAGCUCUUCUUAAAGGGCAAAUUGUUGCCCACUCUUAGAGACCAACUUCUCCUCCACGACGACGAUGAUGGCACAGCAGCCUCCUCAUUCGGCUUACCAAAAUGGAAAGCGUUUCUAAGCCUCAAGAGACCAUCGGCCCAAGACGGGUGA